AUGGCACCCCGAGGUCAGCCAAAGAAGAAGGGCGAGUCAGGAGCGGCGAAGAACUACAUCAGUCGAGCACGUGCGACCCGGAAGCUGCAAUGUACGCUUGCCGACUUUCGACGACUUUGCAUCCUCAAAGGCAUCUUCCCUCGGGAGCCAAAGAGCAGGAAGAAGGUCAACAAGGGCUCUAAUGCGCCUGCUUCGUUCUACUACGUCAAAGACAUCCAAUAUCUCCUGCACGAGCCCGUCCUCGCAAAGCUGCGAGAACACAAGGCCUUUGCGAAGAAGCUGUCAAGAGCCCUUGGGAGAGGUCAGAUCGGUCUUGCGAAGAAUCUGGAUGAGAAGAGGCCCAAGUACCGCAUUGAUCACAUCAUCAGAGAGAGGUAUCCUACUUUUAUCGAUUCGAUCAGAGACUUGGACGAUGCUCUAUCACUCAUCAUCCUCUUCGCACAUCUGCCAGCCUCGUCCAAGGUUCCGGCGCCCAUUGUUGCGCAUUGCGCCAGAUUGGCGAACGAGUGGCAGCUCUAUGUCGCGCGCACUCAUUCACUCCGGAAGGUCUUUCUGAGCAUCAAAGGCAUCUACUUCCAAGCCGAAGUCAUGGGCCAGACGGUGACCUGGCUCGUGCCGUAUAUGUUUACGCAGCAUGUUCCCGACGAUGUCGACUUUCGUGUCAUGCUGACUUUCCUGGAGCUGUACCAGACCUUGCUCGGCUUUGUGUUCUACAAGCUCUACACCGACCUGAACCUCGUUUACCCGCCCAAGCUUGACGAAGAGAGGGAUGAUGCCGGCGGUGCUGGUUUGAGCGCGUUCAUGCUGCAGGAGACCAAUCGGAGCCUGACGAAUCUCGAAGAGGAUCCAGCCAAAUCAGCUGCGCAACGGAACUUGACUACAAAAGAUGUCAAGAAGCAAAUCAAGGCAAUUACGCAGACUGCCGCUCCUGAGAUCGACGACGAAGCUAUUGAGCCAGAGCAAGCCGAGCAGACAACAGACACGCGAGAUGUGUUCACGUCGCACAGCAAGACAGAUGAGGACGACGUCAUGCUGACGCUGACGGACGCCGCCAGACAACAGGAAGAGACAGAGGCGCACGCUUCGCUCUUCUCCAACUUUGUUAUCUACAUUUCGCGAGAAGUCACUCGACCUGUUCUCGAGUUCGUCAUCCGAUCUUUCUCCGGUCAAGUCUGCUGGGACCCCAUUUUAGGCGCCGGCUCGCCAUUCGAAGAGAACGACGAACGGAUCACACACCAUGUCGUCGAUCGACCUGUUCAGCGAGACGCAGCAGGUCAGAUCAUCAACACGUAUACUCAGCACAAGGGUCGAAGGGUGUAUGUCCAGCCUCAAUGGGUUGUCGACUGUGUGAACAAGAAGACUCUGCUGCCUACAGACGAUUAUGCGCCUGGGCAAGCGCUACCGCCUCAUCUCUCACCCUUUGUCAAUGACAAGGAAGUCAAAGCAAAGGGUGGAUACGUGCCUGCAGAAGCUGGUCUGGAUCAGCCGGCAGCAGAAGCAGCAGUCAGUGAGAGUGAGAGCGAGGAAGAGGAAGAGGAAGAGGAAGGAGAAGCAGACGUUGACGAUCUGGUCGAAGAAGCAGAAGAGCCUGUACAUGUGCCAGCCCAGAAGAAUGGCAAAGCUCGAGCGACGCCCGCAUUGCUCGCAGCGGUCGACAAUCCUGAUGACGAGGCACUCUUGCGCGCAGCCGAGCUCGAGGCGGAGACCCAAGGUAUACCUCACGCCGUGUUCGAGGCGAACCUCAGAGCAGCCCAAAAGACCGCCCGACAAGUUGCAAAGAAGACACCUUCGACUAUCUCCCCCUUGGUGCGAAAACAAGAAGGUGAUGCGAGUAUGCUAUUGACUGGCAAGAAUCGCAAGAUCUACAAGCAUAUGGAGCGUGGCAUCCGAAAUCGCAAAGCUGCUACGGACAAGCUCGCAGACAAGAAGCGUAAGCUUGUCAAGGAUGCAAAGAAGGCUUAG